AAUAUUGUCUCUCUACAUCAUAUUCUGAGAUCUUCUCUGACACCAAUCCAAAAGAUCCUCUGACCCCAAAGAAAAACUUCCACAAAAAAAACCCAAAUUUUUAUUUUUGUUAUCCAUUCCCUGUUUAAUCCCUCUGAUCCAGGAACAAACUCUGUCACCAUCAAUCUUUUAUGUGUUCUUAACAGCUAAGUCUGUAGUUGAAAAUUGACACAAAAAUAUUUAUGGUAAGGUCCACCUAUAUAUUGUAAACCAGGUUCAAGGCAUGCAAAAAACCCAGCACUGUACCAUAUUCUCUGAACUCAAAUAAAAACUAUUGCUUUCUUGUCUUAGGGAACAUAUUGCUUCUUCAAUUUUGCCCAUACCCUUUUGGUCUUUUUCCCUAUUUUAUCAGUUUUUUUGCUUAUUAAUGGUGUCUAGGCCUUGUUGUGUUGGUGGGGGUAUAAUAUCAAGAAUUGGGGUUGUGGGUUUUGAACAUAAACAAAAACUGGAGCUAAGGUUAGGCUUGAUGAAUAUAUUGUUUGCUGGUUCUUUUGGAUAAAUUUUGUAAGUACCUAAAAGGGGCUAAAAAAGAUACAAACUUUAUCAAGAUUGGUAGACUUUUUUGAAUAAAGCACAUAUACAUGUAAUUUGAUAGAAAUUCGCGUUGUGUCUUUGUUUUUUUCUUGUUGUUGUUAUUGUUGGUUGCUUCCUUGAGCCGAGUUUCUAUCAGAAUCAGCCUUUCUACCUUCACAAGGUAGGGGUUAGGUCUGCGUACACAUUACCCUCCCUGGAACCCCAGUUGUGGGAUUACGCUCGGUUUGUUGUUGUUGUUCUGUCUGAAAAAGAAAUGAUUAAGCCUUGUUGGAAGCCUUAUGUUGAGGGGGAUGGUGAAGGGAGGGGUGGUGAUUCUAGGGGUAGGGUUGAUGGUUUAAUGUGGUAUAAGGAUUUAGGGGUUCAUGCAAAUGGAGAAUUUUCAAUGGGAACUAUACAAGCCAAUAAUUUGAUGGAGGAUCAAAGUCAACUUGAAUCAGGGCCAUUGAGUUGUCUUGAAUCAGGUCCAAAUGGAACAUUUGUUGGAGUUUAUGAUGGACAUGGAGGACCGGAGACGUCGCGUUUCGUAAACAACACUUUGUUCUCCAAUCUUAAGAAAUUUGCGACAGAACAUCAAGAAAUGUCUGCGGAUGUCAUAAAAAAAGCUUUCUUGACAACGGAAGAGGAGUUUUUGUCACUUGUCAGGCAACAAUGGUUUGAGAAGCCACAAAUUGCAUCAGUGGGAUCAUGCUGUUUGGUGGGCAUAGUCUGCAGUGGACUACUAUAUAUUGCCAAUGCCGGAGAUUCACGGGUGGUAUUAGGUAGAGCAGAAAAAGGUGCAAGGGGUGUGACAGCUAUUCAAUUGUCAAUGGAGCACAACGCUAAUAAUGAGUCUGUGAGAGAUGAGCUUAGAUCAUUGCAUCCCCAGGAUUCGCAGAUUGUGCUUCUCAAACACAAAGUUUGGCGUGUCAAGGGUAUCAUACAGGUUUCAAGGUCCAUUGGUGAUGCCUAUCUUAAGAGAGCAGAGUUCAAUCGGGCACCAUUAUUAGCAAAGUUUAGAUUGCCCGAGUCCUUCUCUACGCCAAUCCUCAGUGCGGAGCCAUCAAUAUUCAUUCACAGGCUGACUUCCAAGGAUCAGUUCCUCAUAUUUGCUUCAGAUGGUCUCUGGGAACAUCUUAGCAACCAGGAGGCUGUUGAUAUAGUCCACAGUCAACCCCGAAAUGGGAUAGCAAGGAGACUAAUCAAAGCUGCUCUUCGAGUGGCAGCCAAGAAAAGAGAAAUGAGAUAUUCAGACCUGAAGAAGAUCGAACGAGGUGUAAGGAGGCAUUUCCAUGAUGAUAUCACGGUUGUGGUUGUGUUUAUGGACCCGUAUUCCAUGAAUAGAAGCUCUUCUCACAGUCCAAUACUCUCCAUUAGAGGAGGAGGAGGAGGAGGUAUGCCCGCCUCUCCCAAACGUUAGUUCCCAAGACUCCGAGAUUCUCACUCUAAUCUUCCCACUUGGAAAGACAGCAGAACAUGCUGUAACCACCACAUGUGCAAACCAGCAUCCGAAAAAGAGAGCUUCUCUUUUGGAGGCCUCAAAUGUCUUAAAGUGUGUUUUUUCUUUCUGUUGAUAACCAAGAAAUGCCCGAGGGUCAAGCUAGUGCACGGUUUGAGACUCAGUGAAUAAUGGACUCGCUCCUCUACUUUUCCCACUUAAAUACCACGAUUGGCAAUGUUCAAAUUCGUGAGCGCCUAGUCCACAUAUCACGUCUCUUACCACUUGAUCAAAGCUCUGGGCGCCACAUUUCUUGUGUCUUUACUCCUUUUAGUUUCUUUAUGAUUUGGGGGUUGUAAUUUAAUUGUUAUGCGUUGUUUUAUUGCUUGAUUUUCAAUUGAUUGUUACUUCCUGUGCA